CAAACCUCCGAUAAUUCUACUAAUCAAAGUGAACGUCCAGCACUUCCAGAUUUUCAAGCGCAAAACUCUCAAAUUGUUUCUUCUGAUACAUCACAACAUCAUUUACAAACUAAUAUAGAUGUUAAAAAUGAUUCCUCAAUUGUGGAUUCUCUCUCUCCUACAACAAUUGAUGAUAGUUUUUCGGAUAAUAGUGCAAGUAUUGAUGAAAAAGAAUUACUUAAACGUACAUUACAAGAGUAUUCUUCUGUGUAUAUUGAUUAUCAAUUAGAAGAUGACAAUGAUCGAAAAUCGAAUUUAUACCGAAUGUCUUUGUUAGGUGCUAACAAAAGUGUUCCUGAUAACAUUGGUAGAACUUAUGAUUGGAGUGCUAAAUCUUCAAAUGAUAUAAUUGAGAAUAUGCCAAUAAAUACAAAUUAUACAUCCAAUUUUUUUGAUAAUAAAAGAGUAAGCGGAAAUACAUUUAUGAGUUUACCGGUAAUAAAAAGUGAAAAGAAAAAAGCAGAAUCUAAAAUGGUACUGGAAGAUAUAAAAACAUUUAGCUUAUCGCGAGUCAAAGAAGAAGAUGUUGAAGAUGAUGCAAUUGAUAAAAAAAUUUCAUCAAAUUAUUCAAAAACAAAUAUGAAAAGGAAUACAAAAAAUUCAACGAAUUAUGAAAGCGUAUCCACUACGCAUUUUGAUCUAAGAUCUCCUAUACAAUCACCCAGGAGUACAGAUGAAUCAUCUCCUAGCCGUAAAAGUAGUAAAAAAUCUUUUCAUAGCAGUAAAUCCACAACAUCUCUUUUUACACCAGGUUCUUUAAUGGCCGAAGCUGAAGAACACAUUGCAUUAUAUUCAUCUAUAUCAUCACAACAACGAAGAGUAGUAUUGAAUAAAAGCGCAUCUCACGGUUCUUUCAAGGAUAUAAAAGAUGAAGAUACGAUUUUUGAUAAUAGAACAUUAAGAGCUAAUUUAGAUUCAAGAUGUUUAAAUGUGAAGUCAAGACCGGGAAGCGAAACAGGUACGAAUUCUGGUCUCAGCCCAGCUACGAUUCCAAAACGGCCGGAUAAAAAAUUGCCGGAUAUACCAAAAAUAGACUUAAAAUCUGAGGCUGAUGUGUCAAACUCUCGUUCACCGCAUCGUCAAGCUUCCAGCAUUGCCAGUUCUAGUUAUGAAACUGCCAGCGGUUCAACUGCAACUCUUCAUACCGCCCCACCUUCACCAAUAACGGACAUUAUAGAUCCCUCUAACUCUGAAGGAACUACACCAAAAAUACACGUUGACGACGUCGCAAUUGUAUCUAGCCCACUUGAGACUCAUUUUUAUGAAGAUGCUAGCGAGGUUUCUCUUUCUGAAGCAAAAUUUGCCGCCAAAAGGUGCUUCGAUGAAGAUGAAACUUUUAUUAAAAAAAGUUCAAUCGCAGAGUUCCUAGGUGGAACAAUAGACAUGGCAUUUAGGCGCCUGUGUGGAAAAUUAUACAUAAAGGGAGAAACACAACAAGUAGAUCGUAUUUUGGAAGCAUUUUCAAUUCGUUAUUGGGAAUGUAAUCCAAAAUCAAUAUACGGUAGUGCUGACAUUGUUCAUGCAAUCGCGUAUUCGCUUCUACUUUUAAAUACCGAUCUCCAUAUCGCUCAACUUUCUAGUAAGAUGUCACGUUCACAAUUUGUACGGAACACAAUGGCUGCAAUCCAUGUUCAAAUCAGCCAGGCAAUGCAUAGUCCUAAUGAGGCAUAUGAAGAUGAUCAAAGUACAAUAACAUCAGUUGAUACAAAUGUAACUUCUAGUACAUCAGUUACUGCACGUCCACGUCGUAGCGGGAGUAUUAAAAGUUGGCGAAGUAACACAAAUUCAAGUAUGGCCAGCUUGACAUUCAUACCUAAUGGUUCCUCAAGGCAGUGGGAUUUAGAAUUAGAAGCCCUUUUAAAAGAAAUAUAUGCAGCCAUAAAAAAUAAUCAAAUAGUGCAGCCAUUUACAUCUGAACCUGAAAGACCACAAUCGGAUCCCUCGAACACUCUUUCACCAACAAUACAACGUAGUAUUAGUCUUUUAGGGCAUCAAAGCUCUAGAAUUAAUGCUCUCAAGAAAGGGAUCGCUGCUGCUAAUGCGAGAGCUCGCAAAAAUGCGAAUGGUAAAAUUUCUCCAAUUUCUCCAAGUCCCAGCUUUGGAAGCUUUGGUAGUGACACAAGCCUCGGAGCUGAUAGUUUGGCUCGCUCAAGUUCUCAAACAUUGCCUACAUUAUCUUCAUUUUCGCUUCGCCACGCAUCUUCAUCAGAAACAGCACUUACGUCCACAAUAGCCGAGUGUAAUGAGGAUGAAUUCGAUAAUGACAGAGCAUCUAUUGAUUCAACAUCCACUUCCGAAUCGUUGGAGUUAUAUUUAUCUGGUGCACCAUAUGCCAAAGAAGGAUUGUUGGUCAGAAAACAAUAUUGGGAAUCAACAAAUAAAAGGGCUAAGGAUAAGUACUGGAAAGAAUGCUUUGUAGUUGUUGAAAAAGGUGAAAUACGAAUGUACAAAUUUGAUACUCAAAGUUCGACCGGUUCAGCUGGCGCUGGUGCAAUAGGCGGAGGAAAUUGGAUGGCAAACGCAACUGUUAUGGGUGAAGUAAACCUCCGUCACACUAUUACCAAUGCUCUACCUCCACCGGGCUAUAAUCGUUCCCGUCCUCAUGUGUUUGCUCUUUCGAUGCCCAAUGGUGGUCUUUACUUUUUCCAAGCUGGUACAGCUGAAUUAGUAGAUGAAUGGGUAUCAACAUGCAAUUAUUGGGCAGCAAGGAUGAGCAAAGAACCUUUAACUGGUGGUGUGAGCAACAUGGAAUACGGUUGGGGUAGAUGUUUAGAACCAAUACUCGAUAAUGAUGAAUUUUCAGAUAAAAAAAGUGUAAUGAGCGACCAUCGUAGUAUUAUGAGUGGUGGCUCAACUUAUUCUAGUGAUCGAAUUUUUGUUAAUGAGUGGAAAGCACCGAUACCGCCCGGUGUCUCUAGUAAUCUUGAUGAAGCUGGACAACUCGCUGCUCUGAAAAAGUAUAAAGGAGAUCUUGAAGAAGAACUAGAACAGCAUAAGAAUUUCUGGGAUCCUAUGUCAAAAUUG